GGCUGCCCCAGCAGCUGGCGUGAAAUAGGGUCGUCCACUGGGCAGGGGGGGAGCUGAGGUGGGGGGCUGCCAGUCACUUGCUCCACACCCCACUUCUGAGCACACCCGAGACUGGGGGAGCAGCCGCCCAGCCCCGCCCCCUGGCAGCUUUAGGCGGGUGGCCCCUGCACCCAGGCCCCCCUGUGCCCAGGCCCCUGGGGCGCUGUCACCCUGGGACGGCCUCUGCUGCCCAGAGGUAGGCUUCAGAGCUGCAGCCCUGGGGGCACAUCCUGGCCCCAGGGCUGGAUCCUGCGGAGACCCCCACCCGCGGCAGGGCCGCCCCCACAGGUGUGAGGGGUCCCCCACAGGUGGUGGACACUGGGCCCAGCUCUCCUUCUUCCGACAGGAAGAUCAGGAGGGGUCAGAGGUGAUGCCUAUAACUGCAGGUAUUUCAAAGCAGACCCACUUCCCGGGGCGCAUGGGCAGCCUGCUGGGCAGCCCCACCACCUGACCCUCUGACCUUGCUCCAGCUGUGGAGGGGCUGAGCCCUGUGGAGGGGCUGAACCCUGUGGUGGGGCCAGGCCAGCCCUUCCGUGGGGAAGGGGCCUCCACCCUGGCAGAGCCAUGAGGUCCUGCAGCCUCUGAGUCCCCAGGCAGCUGCGGUGGGGACACCUCCUGCCUUGUCUGUGUCUGGGCCUGAGGCGGGGGGAGAGGGGGGCUAUGUGCUGACCAGCCACAUGGGGACCAGUGGGACCCAGGCACAGCCCUGCCAGAGCGGCCUGGAUGACAGGCCCUGGCCUGUGGGGGCAGGCUGUCACCCCAGGCCCUGGCCAUGCCCCGCUGACCCGCUCAGGGAUGGUGACUUGGGGAGCUGUCGGGGACAGGGCAGUUCAGGUGGGCCGAGCGCCAGUCGGAUGUCCUCACACUGGGCUGACCCGCGCCUGGCUCUGCUUGUCUCCAGCACAGGGGCUGAGCUGGUUUUGGGGGGAACUGGGGCUGGGAAGUCACACACAGACCAGCCUCUGGGGAAGGGCAAGAGGCCAGCCCCUGUGAAGUCCUGGUCUCUGCCGCAGGUGGGAUGGACGGUCGCUAUGGACCACGAUGAGAGGCUGGCCCGGUUCCGGCAGGCCCACCUCAACCCCUUCGACAAGCAGCGCGGCCCUGGCCAGCAUGCGCAGGGGCCCGGGGAGGCAGCCCCAGACAUGGCGUCUGAAGAGGCCCUGCCGGAGCUGCCCCCCGGGGAACUGGAGUUCCGCUGCUGCCCAGAGCGCACCAUGGACCUCGGGCUGUCCGAGGACCACUUCUCCCGCCCUGUGGGUCUGUUCCUGGCCUCUGACGUGCAGCAGCUGCGACAGGCCAUUGAGGAGUGCAAGCAGGCCAUCCUGGAGCUGCCCGAGCAGUCGGAGAAGCAGAAGGACGCCGUGGUCAGGCUCAUCCACCUGCGCCUGAAGCUCCAGGAGCUGAAGGACCCCAAUGAGGAGGAGCCCAACAUCCAGGUGCUCCUGGAGCACCGCUUCUACAAGGAGAAGAGCAAGAGUGUCAAGCAGACCUGUGACAGGUGCAGCGCUGUCAUCUGGGGGCUCAUCCAGACUUGGUACACCUGCACAGGGUGUUACUACCGCUGCCACAGCAAGUGCCUGAACCUUGUCUCCAAGCCCUGCGUCCGCUCCAAGGUCAGCCACCAGGCCGAGUACGAGCUGAGCAUCUGCCCUGAGGCAGGCCUGGACAGCCAGGACUACCGCUGCGCCGAGUGCCGGGCACCCAUCUCCCUGCGCGGCGUCCCCAGCGAGGCCCGGCAGUGCGACUACACGGGGCAGUACUACUGCAGCCACUGCCACUGGAACGACCUGGCUGUGAUCCCCGCGCGCGUGGUGCACAACUGGGACUUCGAGCCGCGCAAGGUGUCCCGGGGCAGCCUGCGCUACCUGGCGCUGAUGGUGUCGCGGCCGGUGCUCCGACUCCGGGAGAUCAACCCGCUGCUGUUCAACUACGUGGAGGAGCUGGUGGAGAUCCGGAAGCUGCGCCAGGACAUCCUGCUCAUGAAGCCGUACUUCAUCACCUGCCGGGAGGCCAUGGAUGCCCGGCUGCUCCUGCAGCUCCAGGACCGCCAGCACUUCGUGGAGAACGACGAGAUGUACUCCGUACAGGACCUGCUCGACGCACACACCGGCCGCCUGGGCUGUUCACUCACUGAGACCCACACGCUGUUCGCCAAGCACAUCAAGCUGGACUGCGAGCGCUGCCAGGCCAAGGGCUUCGUGUGCGAGCUCUGCAGGGAGGGCGACGUGCUGUUCCCCUUCGACAGCCACACCUCCGUGUGUGCCGACUGCUCCGCAGUCUUCCACAGGGACUGCUACUACGACAACUCCACCUCAUGCCCCAAGUGUGCCCGCCUGACGCUGCGCAAACGGUCCCUGUUCCAGGAGGCGGGGCCCGGCCUGGACUCCUAGAUGCUGGCACUCUGCCCGCCUGCGUGCCCUGCUGGUCGUGGCCACAUCGCAGUGUUUCUCCAGCCGGUGGCGGGGCGCAGCUCCAGGCCCGCCUCACUGCUGGGCGGGCUGCCAGGGCCAGGCCUGAGGAACGCCCUGGCCCCAUGCUGGCUGGGAGCUCCCGGCAGUCUCCUGCUGUGGGGUGCAGCUGGGGUGUGGCCCCUCCCACCACAGACUCCCCGGCUGGGCAGUGGGGAACUUCCUGCCCCGUGGUGACAAGCCCCGGCAGCUUUGCGGGGGGUGGGGGGAGGUGGGGGGGUGUUGCUGGUGUCCCCGGCCCGCAGGUCCUGUGCGGUCUCGAAGAGCUUUGUGGGCCCAAGGAUGCCAGCUGCACCCAGCUGCCUGGGCUGCGUCCUGCUGGGGGGCGCCUCCUUCUGGCACCUGGUCUCUCUGGGCCUUUGGCUGUUCUGCUGGCUCCAAGGGUCUCCCUGGCUCCCUGGGUCCUGGUUCUUUCCGGACAGUGUGGCGAUGAGGAGCUCUUCCCUGGGCGAUGGGCAGCUGCUCCAAACCACCUGGCUGCCCUGGUGCUCUGAGCUGGGUGCAGGCCCACCUCCAGGUGCAGGCAUAGGUCGCCUGGGUGAGCUUCCAGGUUAGGCGAGAGGGUUGGCCAUGGCCCGCCUGAGUAGCAUUUCCCCAGCCGGAUCUUCCACCCAGGGGCUCCCCAAAGGCCAGAGGCCGGCAGCCAGGAGCCUUCUCCCGGCGACCUGAGGUCAGGAGCCGGGAAUAUUUGCUCACAGAAGGCCUGGCUAGAGGUAGGAGGUACCACACUGCUGACAAAGGACCUCUGGUGGGGUAGGCCAGGAUCCACCGGGGCAUUGGGGGACACCCAGGACCCUGCCGGAGCAUUGGGGGACACCCUCCCCUGUCGCCUGAUGAGCCAGAGGGAGAGGGCAGCAGCCCAGGGGCUGAUGUGUGGGGCAGCCAGCGUGUCGCCCGGGGAGCCCCAUGCAGCCUGAGACAUUCCUCUUGCUGCCCAGAACUAGGCACAGGUGAGCAGUGGACCCCGAGUGUCUCCAGGCCGCAGAGGCCCUGCCCUGAUGUCCCUUGCCCAGGCGUGAAGGUGGUUCUUGGCCCCUUGCAGCCGACCACAUGUGCCACUGCUGCGUCACAUUUCUGCCAUGGGGUGUUGGCCUUUCCUGGUGUACUGUCUGGUCCACGCCAAUGGUUCCUGCCAUAGUCGCUGCCCGCGGGAGCUCCCUUUUACCAAUUCCUGCCCCCAACACUGUUCCUACCUUCCCCUCUACACAGAAUCAUGUGGGGCUUUCUGGGUCCACGGGACAGUGGCCAGAAGCCACGGUGGAAGCAGCUCUCUGGGCUAGCAGCCUGCAGCCCUGCUGUGACCACACCCGCUGCCCCUCAUUAAACCCCGUGCUCCAGAUGCGUGUGUGGUGAAUUGGGCACCAGGCAGUUCGCUAAUGUGCAGAACAGGCUCAGGCUUCUGGACCAUCUGCAGCCUUCUCUCCCUGUGGGGCUGAGUCGAGUGGUCUGGGGAGAAAUGAGCACCCCCUGGUGGGCAGCACGUCGGAGGGACAAACAAGCCUCGUGGGGUCCGUAGACUGGGGGCAGAGCAAAGCCAUAGCCACUGACGCCACCCCAGAGCCCUCUGACCCUGCACUGGGCAUGGCCUGGAGGAGGCCCAGGGCUGAGCAGCACUGGAACCCUGGGGGGCUGGCUGGACUAAGGCCCCCUGCCACUAGGUCUUGAGCCUCAAGACUCUGACCCUCCCAGAUCACAUCAAGCUGCACAUUUCUCUGCAGAUACGACCUGUAGUUUGACCAGAUCUGGAAGGGGCUGUAACCCAGAAGUAACUGCUGCUCACCUAGGUGUCCAGCUGCUCACCUAGGCUGGGGCCACACUGCGGGCAGGUGUGGAGGGUGGCCAGAGGGUGGUGGGCUGUGAGCCGACACCAGUGCAGGGGUGGAGCCCUCUGAGGACAGAAGCUGAACUCACCCUGAGAAGCACAUGGAGGGCUCGGCCCCUUUCCAGCCAGGAAGUGCUUCCAUGUUCUUUGGCAAAUUAAGAAUUACACAACAGUGCAGGCCACCCCACGCCCCAUCUGUCUUCUGGGCCCUCAAGUGCCCACAUCGCCCCAUUUGCUUCUCUCUCCUCCUGUAUUUUCCUGAAUGUGAGUUGCGGAGAUGGUACCACCUGUCAUCCUUGUGCGUGUCCCUCGUGUGUCCAAGCAAGGACACCGCCUCCUGGGCACACAGGGUGGGGAGCGGCCCCUAGACGUCAACCAGACCCACGACAAGCCUCACUCAGGUGAGCCCCCCAGGCCAUGUCCAGCCCUCAAUCGGGAGGGCAGGCGGCACUGACAGCAGGCUGGCUGCUGUGAAGACAACGGGUCACCAGUGUCUGCGGGGGACUGGGGCUGACCCCAGGGUUCGCACAGCGGGGGACGCAGUGUCCUCCACUGCACCCUUGUCCUGAAGGGGUUCUGGGGGCUUCCCCAGGCUUUUCUGCUACAAAGUUAUACAACUUUGUGACUACCAGGUUUCUUAUGGAAGAUACUUUGAGACUAUGUAACAUCCGUAGUCCCUGCUUUCACCUUCUUCUCCAGGCUCUCACUAGAAGGGGCUGGUGACUUUCCACUCCUGUGACUCCCUCUGCAUCUGGUGGUUGUCUUUUUGUUGCAGAGCUUUUGCUUCUCCACAUUUAUGGCCUAUUUUACUGAGUUAUAACCCUCUACUGCAACUAUUUAUUUUGAUGCUCAAGUUGUCCCAAAUUUGGUCAGUGGGAACAUUUUCAGCCUGUCCUUAGGCACUCGUUUCCACAGCGAGGCCAUCCAGGCUUUCCUGCCCUCUCCAUCCCUGCCUGAAACCAGCCAUCUCUCCAGAGUGCGAGUGCCUCUUAGUGGACAGUGGUAUUUACUAGACAGGACAUGGCCUGUCAACGUGCAGCCCUAGGAAAGUGUACCCUCGCUCUGUGUUCCCCCAGACUGAAAACCCAUGAAUUCAUACCAGUGCUUCGAGCUUCAGCCCACUCCAGACCCACGGCUCCCCUCGCUUGGUCCCUCAUCUUCCUUUAUGGUGAAUAACCUGCAUCUGCUCUGCAUUUGUUCAGUUGCUCAACCCUAGAGUGUGCAGCCAGCACUUGGAGCCUUGCGACCUCUGCCCCUAUGAGGUCAGCCUGCUCACUAGAGCACAGCAUCUCUUGAGACUUUAACCUGAGGGUAUACAGUCAAACUGCUGUUCAAGAUUUGGGUGUUUCUCUCCCUUUGUUGUGGGGAGAAAUAUGAUGCUGUGAAAUAUGAAUCUGUUUGUGUAUUUGCGUAUUUUUGCUUGUUUUAUUAAUCCUAAACCUUAUUUUUGCUUGUUUUAUUAACAAGUUUUCAAAGUCUGAAUUUUACAGAAGUGAGUCAACUAUUACCAGCACCCCCCCCCCCAUUAGUUUCUGGUGUCUCCUUCCUGUGUUUCUUUUUUCACAUGUAAGAUAUAUAUUUUAUUUCCUCUUUUCUUCCACAAGAGGUAGCAGGCUGUACUCUCACACAUAGCUUUAGUGGAUCGUGUAUGGUGGAAAGUGCUCAUCAGUUAGCAGAGUUCCUCCUCACGCUCCUCCAUCACCUCCAGGCCACCAUGGGGGUUACUGUGCUGUGUCUGCUGCACUGGGUGCACAUCCAGGCUGGCUGCAGUAUUUGUAGCUACAGACAAGGCUGCAGCAAAUCAUCAGUGCGCAUGUGUUCUCUCUUGGAGGUGUAGCUUCAGAGACAAUUGUGAAAGUGGGAGAGGAGCCCUAUUCCUUAUUGGCGCACUGUCCCCCCACACUGCUGCACCGAGGGCCUUGGAGGACGCUUGUGUCCUGGUACAUGCUGGUCUCACUGGGAUGGCUUAUGUGCACAAGCUUUCAUUUGUAUCUCUAUGAGGGAGGUGGAGCUUCUUUUCACAUUUUAAGGCCUGAUUUACUUACAUACAAAUUAUUUCUUUUGUGCACUUUUCUGUUGGAUUUUGGUAGUUUUCCUCCACAUUCUUAAGAAUUUUUCAGGCUUAUCAGCCUGUUAUCUGUGAGAUGUGGUGCAACUGUCUUCUCCCAAUUUAUCAAAUGCCUUUGACCUUAUUUGAAAUGUUUACUCUUCUUAAAGAAAAGUUUUGGCUACAUUUUUAAUCGGCCCGACUGAUUAAAUUUUUCAACUGGAUGUUGAGAGGAUACACAGACCAGAAGACAACCUAAGACAGCUGCUGCGAGCGCCGCUUUUUCUCAUUGUACAAUUCUCUGUAGCAGUUUAUUGCAUUGUUGAUUGCUUUGGAAACUUUUUGUUUCCACUCCUCAUCUGAGCUGUUACUGGUAAGCACCUGCAAGCCAGCCUCAAAAUGUGCGAGGGCUGCUGAGAGCGCCCCUGUGGUUAGCUGGCGCAGGGCUGGUGGGGCGUCCUCACUGUCCUCCUCUACCGCUCUCUCCUGCUCCAGCUGCAUCAGCUCUGCAUUUGAGAGAUCUUUCUCAUUCAGCUGCAGCAACCGGCCCACAUCAGCUUCCACCAGCUGUUCCAGAGCCAGGCUCCUGGCCAGAGCCACAAUGUCUUGUUGAAGCUGUGCAACAUUAUCUGUUUGGGACACAUCAUGGAACUGAACGCACUCAGGCCAAAUCUUCUUCCAUGCACUGUUAAUUGUUGCUGGCUUGAGUGCCUCCCAAGCCGUGGCAAUGUUGUCCACGGCAUCUAUGAUGCUAUAGUUCCUCCAAAACUCGCUGAUCACAGCUGGAUCCUCCUCAUCUGUUGCUUCCAGGAUGUGCUCAAAAGUCCUUCUCAGGUAAUGAGCUUUGAAGACAGAGGUGACACCCUGAGCCAUGGGCUGGACCGAGUCGGCGGUACCAUUGUGGAAGUACUCCACCCUUACAUUAUCAGACAGGUCACUCAAGUUUACUGGGUGGCAUGGCGCGCUGUCUAGGAUGAGCAAAGCUUUGUUGGUGAGAUGAUUUUGGGCACAGUAUUUUUCAAUGGCAGGACAAAAAAAGUAUGUGAACCACUCGUGAAAAAUGCUCUUGGUUGCCCAAGCCUUUCUGUUUGAGCGCCAAAUCACAGGCAGGUUGGGCUUGGAGUAGCCCUGCAGAGCCUUGGGGUUCUCCGUGUGGUAUACCAGUAAGGGCUUCAGCUUAAAGUCCCCAGUGGCAUUGCCUCCAAGCAGCAGCAUCAAGCGGUCUUUGGGCGAUUUGGAGCCUGGCUCGACUUUCUCCUUCACAGAGAUAAAUGUCCCUUCAGGCAUUCUCUUCCAGUAGAGCCCUGUCUCCACCACAUUGAAAACUUGCUGGGGGGUGUACUCACCUUCUCGGAUGAUGCUUCUCAGCACUUCCGGGUAGGUGUCCUUGUUGCCGGGAGCCGAGCUGCUCAUCUUGAAGUGGGGCAAACAGUGGCGCUCCUUGAACCUCAUAAACCACCCUUUACUCGCGCUGAACUUUUCUGCUUGAGAGCUCUCGCCGUGUUCACGCUGUAAGUCGUCAAACAAACUCCUGGCUUUUUCCUGAAUAGCGGUGACACUCAGGGGCACGUUUCGUUGGCUCUGGUCUUCCAGCCACACGUACAACAACCUCUCCAUGGUCUCCAUGGCCGCACUUCGACGGCGAGUCAGCCGAGAGGCUCUCGAGGGAGUAGCUAUGAGCGAACUCGCCUUGAUCUUUUCUUUAUUAUCGCGGAUUGUCGCCACUGUGGAGACAGCAAGGCCCAGGGCCUUUGCAAUUUGGCUGAGCUUCUCACCCACUUCAAAUCGCCGCAAC